GCAUGGAGCUGUCAGCAAAUAAGCUGGGAAAUCAUUAUUUUAUUGUUUUUCACUUUUUUGGCUUCCUCUGCAGCUCUAAUGGAAGCGAGCAGCAGAGCGAUGGUGCAGGUGUUGAUGUUGGCGUUGGUGGUCCAGGUCACUCUGUCCCAGCACUGGUCCUAUGGGUGGCUACCAGGUGGGAAGAGAAGUGUGGGAGAGCUGGAGGCUACCAUCAGGAUGAUGGGCACGGGAGGAGUUGAGUCUCUUCCAGAAGAGGCGAGUGCCCAGACCCAAGAGAGACUUAAACCAUACAAUGCAAUGAAUGAUGAUUACAGUCAUUCUGAGCGAAAGAGAAAGUUCCAAAAUAAUUGAAGAUGCCACAAAAGAAGGGACAGCAUCUUCAUCUUCAUCUACAUCAACGCCUGCGAUGGAUCUCCAGAAUGCAGGACGCUGACUUCACGGGAGCGAUCAAUUACAUGGACGUCUGUAACAUUUAAACCCAUUUGAAAUUGUAAUAAAGUUUUUGAAAUCUGA